AUGAAAUCUCUGAGGAUCAGUAUGCAUGUGUCAGCUGGCAGGUUCAUUCUCACUCCAACUGGUUUUACCCAAAUCACAGCUUCCCCCGAGCUACAGAGUCUAUAUAUUCACUUUGCUAUACAUUGCUGUGCCAGAUUCCAUCUUUUAUUGCUGGAAGGGGACGACAACCUGCAGAUAACAGAAAAGAUGGAUGUGCCUAUUCUCGCAUAUGAUGAGUAUCUUGUAUCUCGACCAAUUUACUCCGAACUCAACUUCCAGCAAGAAAAUGAAAAAAAAGAAACUAUUCAGAAAAGUAUUCCAAAAAGACUGAAAGACAGCUGCAGUUGCACACCUGUAACAGCUCGCCAUAAACUUAAGAGAUUUUUCCCAGUCCUUAACUGGCUGCCCAAGUACCGAUGGAAAGAAUGGUUUGUACAUGACCUUGUCUCAGGACUUUGCACAGGACUCGUUGCCACUUUGCAAGGUCUGGCUUUUGCAUUACUUACUGAGGUUCCUGUCGGAUAUGGCCUUUAUUCUUCAUUCUUUCCCAUCCUUACUUACUUUUUCUUGGGAACAUCCCGGCACAUCGCAGUUGGACCAUUUCCAGUUAUCUGUUUGAUGGUGGGACAAGUCGUGCUGUCCAUGGCUCCAGAUGAAAAAUUUAUAAUUACUAACUCCACAGACUUAAAUGGAACAAUGAUAGAUUAUGAAGCUCGAGAUGCUGCAAGAGUUGUCAUUUCAAGUACACUGAGCUUCUUGAUUGGAAUCAUCCAGCUUAUAUUGGGUGCUCUCCAGUUUGGCUUCGUUGUUCGGUAUUUGGGGGAUCCAUUAGUUCGUGGAUUUACCACAGCUGCUGCAGUUCAAGUUCUUAUCUCACAGAUUAAAUUGAUACUAAAUGUACCCUCAAAAAACUACAGUGGAGUCCUCUCAAUGGUCUAUACAACAAUGGACAUUUUUGCAAACAUUGGUAAAACCAACAUCGCUGAUCUAACUGCUGGUCUCAUAACUUUAGUGUUAUGUUUGGUGGUGAAAGACUUAAAUGAGAGAUAUAAACGUAUUCUACGCAUUCCAGUUCCUAUUGAAGUAAUUGUGGCAAUAGUUGCAACAGGGAUUUCAUAUGGAGUCAAUUUGGAGGAUAACUAUAAUGCUGCUAUUGUGAAAAAUGUUCCAAGUGGAUUUAUUCCACCUGUGGCACCAGAUGUAAGCUUGUUCUAUGAGAUGCUUGUACCAGCCUUUUCCAUUGGAAUAUUGGCUUAUGCCCUAGCUGUUUCUUUGGGGAAAGUGUAUGCCAUAAAGUACAACUAUGAAAUUGAUGGAAACCAGGAAUUUAUUGCAUUUGGCAUCAGCAAUAUAUUCAGUGGAUGGUUCUCUUGCUUUUGUGCUACAACGGCCCUGUCCCGCUCUGCUGUGCAAGAAAGUACUGGUGGUAAAACACAGAUUGCUGGUUUGAUUACUGCAGCCGUUGUCAUGGUAUCCUUGCUCUCAGUUGGUACAUAUCUGGAGCCUCUGCAAAAGUCUGUUUUGGCUGCCAUAGUUAUAUCCAACCUGAAGGGGAUGUUCUGCCAGGUGGUGGAUGUUCCUCGCUUGUGGAGACAAAGCAAAUGGGACACAGCUAUCUGGCUCUUCACAUGUUUUUCAUCUCUGCUCUUGGACAUUGAUUUAGGAUUAUUGGUUGGUAUCAUCUUUGGACUGUUUACCAUAUUCCUUCGUGUCCAGUAUCCAUCAUACAGUUCUCUUGGAAAUAUCUCUGGUACAGAUAUCUACAAAGAUAUUGAAAAAUACAAAAAUGUUGAAGAGCCAGAAGGGAUAAAAAUUGUCCGCUUUUCCAGUGCUAUUUUCUAUGGAAAUAUUGAUGUCCUGAAAGAUGGAGUUAAAUCUAUUGUUGGGUUUGAUGCUGUUAGAGUUUUUACCAAAAGAACAAAGGCUCAACAUAAGAUUAAUAAGCUUCUCAAGAAAGAGAAAGUUUCAGCAAAUGAGAAUGGGAUUGACAAAGAGUCAUCUACUGAUGAAUAUUCAGAGACUGAUGAUGACUUGGAAGAAGCAGAAAACAAAGAGACCAACAACAUAAAGCUGCAAAUAGAUUGGAAUACAGAACACCCUGUCAGUGUGUCCGUCCCGGUGGUCACCAUACACAGCCUCAUUUUUGAUUUUGGACAAGUAAUCUUCCUUGAUGUGGUAGCAGUGGAUACUUUAAAGGGGAUUUAUAAUGAAUUCCAAAGGAUUGAUGUAGAUGUGUAUAUUGCAGGAUGUGAGGACAAAGUGUUUGGACAACUGGAAUCAUGUGGUUUCUUCCAAGACACUAUAAAACCAGACAUUUGUUUCAUGACAAUUCAUGAUGCUGUUCUACACAUACAGAAGCAAAAGAAGCGUCCCUGUAGCAAUGGUCUAUUUGAUCUGAAAUCAUGCAUGCAGGACUCUGGCCAGUUGGUGGAAAUGAAAGAACUGACAGAGUACAAGACGGCACAGAUCAAGUUAAAUCGGCAGGAAGAGAAACCUGAAGACUCCAGUGGUGGCAAUCUCUCCAAUUUAUAUCCCAACAACAGAAGCUAAAAAGAAUAUUUUGCAACCCAAGAAGAUUUUGUGAUCUAAGAAUAAGGACCAGUAUGCAGCAAUAUAUCGAUGAAAAUCCAGAGUGUGGGUUAUGGAAAUCAAUGCUACUGUUAUAGAUGCUGGAAUACAUCAAUUUAAAAGUCAUGUGCAAAAAGCUCUUACGAAACCACAGGGAAAAUAAAUUUAGUUGGUCAUACA